AAAUUUCCCAAACAGACGUUUGGCAGAAGCAACAUAAUUUAGUGAACAUAGAAGUGAAAAAUAUUUCAACGAGAGUUCAACAGAUUGAACUAUAUCUUCCAUCUGUCGCAACCGUUUGGCAGGAACAAAGUACUGCAAUGAAAGGUCAUAUCAAUGAUAUUUCAAAAAAAGUUCGAAAUAUGGAAAUAACUCAUAUUGCUGAUAUUGGCCUUUGGAAGAAACGAUUCAUUUUAAUGGAUAGUGAUAUUGAUAAUAUUUCAGCAAGAAUUCAAGACACUGAAUCAUUUUUCACUUCUGCAAUUGAUAUUGCUCAAAGUAAUUCGCAAAAAAACAUAUUAGAACUGAAGGAUAACAUUACAAGCCUAAAAACAGACGUAGAAGAAAUAGAAAACAGUCUCAACAAAAGCGACUAUAUGCUUUUUGAAAUAGCUAAAAAUAUUUCUAGGAAUUAUGAGUCUGUCAAUCAUUUAUUUAAGGAUUUAACGUUGUUAGGAUCACAAGUUAAUGCAACAAUCCAGAACAUUGAAAGUAAAUUGACAUUGAAAUUUGAAAGAGAGACAAAUGAUACGGAUAACUCUUUAUCGAGUUUGCGAAUUUCACUACAUUCAGUACAGGACGAAUGUAAAACAAAAAUGAAAAAUUUUAAAACCAGACUAGAUGAAUCAAAUAAUAAUGCUGAUGAGCUGAAAAAUAAUUUAUCAAUGAUUAGAAAUAAUUUACAAAUGUCAGUGGCAGAGGUACAAAGGUAUUGCUUGAAGAAAAUCAAUUCAACGAAAACAAGCAUUACUCAAGUUACGCAAGGAUUAUCAUCACUAAAUACGACACUAUUAGUAAAUAUGAGAAACACAGAAAAAAGUCUGAACAUUUUAAGUUUAACUCUUGAUUCAGUUGAAGACGGGCAGAGAAAUUGUUCGAUGAUGAUUAAUUCAACAAACACUCACGUUUCUCAAGUUUCUCGGAAUUUAUCUGCGCUUAGCGCGACAUUUUCAAAGAAAUUUAUGGACACAGAAAACAGUCUGAAAUCGUUAAAUUCGACCAUUAAUUCAGUGUCAGAAGAACAAGGGACUUGUUCGAGGACAACCAAUUCAACAAAAACAUAUAUUGCUCAAGUUGUCGAGAAUAUUUCGAAGAAUAGUGAUUUAUUAAAUCAAAUGUUUUCCAAUAUAUCUAUGAUGGAAUCAAAUUUUGAGAACACUUUUCACAACACCGAAAGCACGUUGGCAUUGAAAGUUGAAGGUGGAAUAAAUGAAACUAAAGAUGCAUUAUUGAGCAUGCAAAUAAAAUCCCAUUCUUUUCACGAAGAAUACAAAGCAAAGAUGAAAAAUGUUGAGAUCAGAUUAAAUGAAUCAAAUGACAAAGUUGAUUCGCUAACACAGAAAUUAUCAAUUAUGCGAGAUAAUUUCCAAUCGUCAGUUGCAGAAGGACAAAGAAAUUGCACUUUCAAAAUUAAUUCUACAAAGACAUAUAUUUCUCAACUCUCUCAGAACUUGUAUGCACUGAACAUGACACUUUCUGCGAAAGUAACAAACACUGAAAACACUCUGAACUCUUUAAGUUCAACCUUAACCUCUGUGGCAGAAAGACAGAGAGAUGUUCAAAGGACAAUUGAAUCUACAGAAAUAUAUAUUGAUAAAGUUUCACAAACUUUAUCGGCGCUCAACACAACACUUUCAAUGAAAGUGAUAAAGAACAAAAAUAUUCUAAACUCUUUGAAUUCAACCCUUAAUUUGGUGGCAGAAGGUCAAAGAAAUUGUACUUUAUCCGUCACAACUACAAAAGGAAAUAUUGUACAACUUUCGCAAAGUUUAUAUGUACUUAACAUAACAUUUUCGAUGGAAGUGACAAACGCCAAAAACAGUCUAAACUCGUUUAAUUCAACGCUUUAUUCAGUGGCGGAAGCUCAAAUGAACUGUUCGAGGACAAUUGAAACAAUAAAAACACAUAUUGCUAAAGUUUCACAAAAUCUAACUGCGCUUAAUACGACACUUUCAGUGAAAGUAACUAACAAUGAAAACAUACUAAGCUAUUUUAGUUCAACCCUUAAUUCAGUGGCAGAAAGACAAAGUAAUUGUUUUAGGAUUAUUAAUGCAACCAAAACAUACAUUGAUCAAGUUUCUCAACAUCUAUCCGUACUAAAUAUUUCCUAUUCAGUGAAUGCAAAAGACACAAGAAACCGUAUUAACUCGCUAAGUUCAGCCAUUACUUCAGUGACAGAAAGUCAGAGAAAUUUAAAUAGAACAACCACUGCUUCAAAAUCAUACACUGAACAAGUGUCGCAAAGAUUAUCCGCCAUUAACAUAACUCUUUCGGUGAAAGUGUUUAACACAGAAAACAGUCUUAACUCGUUAAUUUUUACCAUAAAUUCAGUCCAACAGGAGAUAAAUUCUUUAUCAAGGGAUGUGUUAAAAAACAUAUCUAAGAAUAUAUCAAGUUUUCAGAACUCAGUUCAAUCUCUCACCAAUUCCGACUCGCGUCAAAAUGUACAACUUGCCAACCUUUCGUCGCAACAUGAGUCCAUUUCUUCCUCGAUUGCUCGAUUGACGGGCAUUAUACAAAGUCUUGUACAUUCAACUCAAACUAGCACUACAAUUAGUACUACUGCUGGGCCUGUAGUGGGAAUGGUCCGAUUAGUGAAUGGCGGAGUUGGUUACGGUAGAGUAGAAGUGUAUUUUGGAAGAGAGUGGGGAACAAUCUGUGAUGACUAUUGGGAUGACAACGAUGCAAAAGUUGUGUGCAGAAUGCUGGGUUACAG